AUGGCGAACGAGACUACCACCAACAUGCCGGCCUCAAACGACAGCGAGAAGACAGCACACGGCAACCUAAGCAUCCUCCCCCCUGAACUCCGCCUCGAGAUCUUCAACCUCGUCCUCGACGACUUCUUUGUCACCAACAAAGCCGCCACUACCAACUACACACAGGGCGGCGCCGAACUCCGCCCAGCCCUUCUCAACACCAGCAAGACCAUCCGAGGCGAAGCACAACAGUCCUACAUCCGCCGAGCAGAUUCGAGCGUCACAAAUGCUAGGGACAACGCCGUUGAGCACAAGGCACGCUUCCACGCCGCCCACGGGGUCUUCGCUCGUCCGAACGAGUCCUAUGAGCCGGAGCAAGAGGCACGGAAGGCGUACGAAGAGUUCGUGAAUGUACAAGCGUGGCGCAAGGAUGAGGUGCGGGAGAUGAUGAAGAGUGGGUGUGUGGAUUUUCAGGAGUAUGUGGUGGCUAUGCAGAAGAAGUGGGAGUUGCCGUAG